AUGGCAUCAACCACGGCGCACAAGUACAUCAACAAGCUGCAGAACCAUCGCGUUCUCGUCCUCGGCGGCUCCACCGGGAUCGGCUUCUGCGUUGCCGAAGCGGCGGUCGAGCACGGCGCGCACGUCAUCAUCAGCAGCUCGAACCAGGCAAAACUCGACAAGGCCGUCGGCCGUCUGCAGGCGCACGCGGCAGCCAUCGGCCUCGAGGCCGAGAGGAUAUCGGCCAAGACGUGCGAUCUCUCCAACCCAGAUACGAUCGAAGACAACGUCGUCAGCCUUCUUGAAUAUGCCACGCAGCAUGGAAAGUUGGACCACGUAGCCUUCACGGCUGGUGACGCCAUCAAGAUCACGCCGCUUGCCGAGACGACCGUCGCCGACGUGCAGAAGACCGGCAUGGUGCGGCAGGUCGGGCUCAUCAUGCUGGCCAAGCACUUGCCGAAAUACAUCAACGUUCGCGCGGCAAGCUCAUUGACGGUCACGGGUGGCACCAACACCUGGCGUCCCGGGCCUGAUUGGGCCGUCAUCGCAGGCACCGGCGGCGCCGUCGAAGGUCUUACCCGCGGCUUCGCCAUCAGCCUCCAGCCGGUUCGCGUCAACUGCGUCCAGGUCGGCGCCGUCCACACCGAGCUUUUCGACAGCAUACCAGAGGACCGUCUGCCGGCCGUGCUGGCCAAUCUCGCGCGUGAGGGCAUCACGGGCACCGUGGGGAGGCCCGAUGAGGUGGCCGAGGCGUACUUGUACUGCAUGAAGGAUACCUUUGCCACUGGCGGCGUGGUCGAAUCGAACGGGGGACGGCUCGUGGGCGACGGCAAAGAGGGCCUGAUGUUUUCGGCGCGCUUUUCGUCCUCCCCCCUCGUCCUCCCCGUGUUCGUAGAGAGCGACGGCUCGUCGGAUUUUGCCAUGGAAUUUGAUCCCGAUACCCCAAAAUACGUCACCAGCGACGUGACGUCGUUUGCCAGCGAUUCGGUCCGCAAACGAUGGCCCGUCAUUCUUACCGGUGCGGUCGACGACGUGUACCGAGCCGUCUGCAGGAUGGACGACGGCGAGCAAAAGGCCGAGGGUAAAAAGAUCAUCGAGCAGCUCGGCUGCCUCAAGUACGAGGUCCAGCAUGGCCGGAAGCUGACGCCCCUGCUCGACGACGGUCACGCCGAAGAGAUUGCCGUCUACAACAAGGAGCUCGACGACCUCGACGGCCCCGGCUGGCUGGACGUCCCGUGGCUCUACGCCGAAUGCUACCUGUACAGGCGCAUAAGCACGUACUUCCAGCUCACCCAGCACUGGAAGAAGCACGACAUCUUUGCGCGGCAGAAGAUUGACACGUUCCGAACCUCGCGCAACGCCGUCCUGGAGCUGGCCGCGCGCUACCGCGAGCUCAUGGGGCAGAUACACGCCCACAAGGCUGUGACGCAUGAUGAGGAUGCCGAAAGGCUCCUGUUCGCCGAAGCCUUUGAGAUCUGCCUCUGGGGCAACGCCACCGACCUCUCCCUCCUCACCAACUUGACGUACGAAGACAUCCAGAAGCUCCAAGGGAGCGCCGCGCGCAAAGCGGCCGAGGAGAACAUCCUCGUCAACCACCUACCGGCCGCCUACGACAUUCUAAAGCAGGCCCGGGCCGAAGGUCGGAAGGAGCGGCGCGUCGACAUCGUCCUCGACAACGCCGGCUUCGAGCUCUACGUCGACCUCGUCCUCGCCGGCUUCCUCCUCGCCUCGGGCCUCGCCACCCAGGUCAUCCUCCGGCCCAAGUCGGUGCCCUGGUUCGUCUCCGAUGUUCUACCCGGCGACUUUGCCGCUCUCCUCUCCGCCAUCGCCAACCCCAAGGCCUUCUUCGAGACCCAGUCCGAGGCCGAGGAGCUCCAGGAGAAGAUGCCGGCACCGCUAUCGCAGGCCGAGGUCGAGAAUCUCCAGUUCGUCUUUCAGGAUUGGGCCAACCUCCACGCCGAAGGCCAGCUCAUGAUGCGGCCAAACCGAUACUGGACCACGGCCAGUUCCUUUUGGCGCUUGCCUCACCAAGCCCCGGAGCUGCACGAGGACCUCAAGGCGGCCGAGCUGGUCAUCUUCAAAGGCGACCUCAACUACCGAAAACUAACCGGCGAUGCUCAAUGGGACCCCACCACGCCCUUCGAGGACGCCCUCGGGCCCAUGGGCAAGGGUUCGGGCGUCAGCAUUUUAUCGCUGCGCACCUGCAAGGCCGACGUCGUCGUCGGUCUGCCCGCAGGCAAAGAUGAGGAAUUGAGGCAGUUGGAAGGGGGCGGCGGCGAAAGCGGGGCUCGGAGAUGGGCCUGGGACGGCAAAUGGGCCGUCGUGUCCCUGUCUCGCGGCUAA